AUGCGAUUUACUACGCUUCAGGCCGUCCUCGGCUCGGCCUCUCUCCUGCUGAUCUCCCCACUUGUCGAUGCGGCGGCAGGCCACGGCCACCGACGCGCCCAUGACCAGGUUCAUGCUGCAAAGAGGCACCACAGCCACCGCUCGUCUGAAAUUGCCCCGCGAAAGCCGAGAUGUACCCUCCCCGACGACCCUGACUUGGUCUUUGUGCCUGGUGCCGAUAACAACGGCUUUGCCAUGAGUCCCGACGAGCCGUGCGAGGACGGCAAGUGGUGCCCCAUUGCCUGCAGGCCGGGCAAGGUGAUGGCGCAAUGGAAGCCUAACACGACCUAUACCUAUCCCGAGUCGAUGUAUGGCGGGCUCUAUUGCAACGGUGGUAAGGCCGAGAAGCCCUUCAAGGAUAUGCCGUACUGCGUCGACGGCACAGGAACAGUCAAGGCAGUCAACAAGGCCGGCAGGAUCGUCUCUUUCUGCCAGACAGUACUGCCCGGCAACGAGGCUAUGAUCAUUCCUACCGACGUGACCGACGUGGCGACACUCGCCGUUCCUGGGCCUUCCUACUGGUGCGGGACGGCCGCACACUAUUACAUCAAUGCACCUGGAGUUCCAGCUUCGCGGGGCUGCGUCUGGGGCAAGAUUACUGAGCCGAUCGGCAACUGGAGUCCGUACGUCGCUGGUGCCAACACAGUUGAAAAUGGUGACACCUAUGUCAAGAUCGCUUGGAACCCAGAAUUUCUCAACGCUCCGCUCGCUAAGACGACGCCGACCUACGGCCUGCGCAUUGAGUGCCCUGAUGGUGGAUGCAACGGCCUGCCCUGCUCGAUUGAUCCCUCCAAAGAUGGCGUGGGCGGAGUCAACAGUCCCGUGAGCACGACGGGUGUUGGUGGCGCUGAUUUUUGUGUCGUUACGGUUCCGAAGGGCAAGACUGCAAGUAUUGUCGUUUUCAACACCGAUAGCGUCGAACGUGGCCCCGCCGGUGCCUCCGAGAAGACGAAAGAGGGGAGUAAGCCCACAAAGAAGGAAGAGUCUGCCCCGUCACCCUCGACUGUCGUGAAGCCAUCGCCGAAGUCGACGUCUACAACCGCUCCUGAGCCCGAAGCAACAACCUCCUCGGCCAGGUCUAGCACCGUGUCCCAAGAGACAACAGCGUCGCCGUCAGCGACCUCGAAGGCUUUUGUCGGCGGUCUCUUCCAAGAACAAGGAGCAUCUGUUCAACCGGGCAACAGCACUACUGCCUCUAACUCGCGCGGAUCCAAGUCAUCAACGGGCUCCACGCAGGCAGGAUCCGAGGCACAUGACCGUGACUCAACAACGAUUGCGCAGCCGACUCCCAGCAACGAGGGUUCAGCUCCUGAGGGAGGGUCUGCCAUUGCCGGAUUGGUGGUCGCCUUGGUCGCAGCUGCAGCACUCCUGUGA